AUGUCCCCCAUCCAGCACGGAAUACGGACCUUGGGUGUGCUCGGCGCGGGCCAAAUGGGCCUGGGCAUUGCCUUCGUCUCCGCCUUACGCGCCAGGGUGCCCGUUCUUCUGUACGACAAGUCCCCAGAACAAGUCACGAAAGGGCUUGCGUUUAUGGACAAGUUGCUGGAGAAGGAUGUCGGGAAGGGCCGCAUACGCUCUGAAGACGCGAAAGACGCAAGGGGACGAGUAACUGCUGUGUCGGAACUUGAGGGGUUGCGGGACGUGGAUAUGGCUGUUGAGGCUGUGUCAGAAUCACUGCCGCUCAAGCAAUCCAUAUUCAAGUCGCUUGCGGCUGCUCUGCGUCCUGACGCGAUUCUGGCCACCAACACUAGCUCAAUUAGUAUCACAAAAAUCGCCGCGUCAGCCAUCCCCGCCGGACUCAGCGCAGCCAGCGAGCAAGGCAAACAGAGCGCUGGACGCGUUGUGGGCCUUCAUUUUUUCAAUCCGGUUCCUGUUAUGAAACUUGUCGAGCUCAUCUCUGCCAUUCAAACAUCACCGGAGACACUGGACCGUGCCCGGUCGUUUGCCGCAGCAUGUGGAAAAGAGGUGACCACUUCAAAGGAUGUCCCCGGAUUUGUUUCGAAUGCGCUACUGAUGCCCUUUAUCAAUGAGGCUAUCAUGCACCUGGAGAAAGGCAUCGCAACCCGUGAAGAUAUAGACACGACCCUGAAACUCGGUAUGAAUCACCCCAUGGGUCCACUACAACUCGCCGAUUUCAUUGGCCUCGACACCUGCCUCGCGAUUCAACAAACACUCUAUGAAGGAACGGGAGACUCCAAGUAUCGUCCAAGCGUGUUGCUCGAACGGAUGGUUGACGCGCAGUUCUAUGGUAAGAAGAGUGGGAAGGGUUUCUAUGAAUAUUAG